GGAAGCGUGUAACUCCUUUGGGAAGGCAAACAUGCGUGCACAAUCUCCGUCUCUUCAUUGGAAGUUCCCGGUCGAUUGGCUUCAGGAUAGGAUUUUGGUUCCGUCGCAGUAUGUAGUAGUAUGUUUCGGUUGCGGUGCACUACGGAGUAUACUACUACUGUACUGCUCAGUCUAGUAGCUUGUAGACAGCCUUUUUCUCUCUCCCAUGUUUGUCACUGGACUUCAUUCAUGGGGAGUUUAUUCUUUAUACUGCGGUCAAAGCUCCCUAACAAUGGAUCUUGCCCGAUGCGAAACGUCCGCUGGAGCCGAGAAGUAUUCGCAGGUCAUAAGCACACAAUCAAACUACCGCACUCGUCACUUGAUGAUACACAUUAUACGGCAUUAACCAUUUUUAGUCGUCCCAAUGCAAAGCAGUGAGCCGUAGACUUUCAUGAGUUGAUGAGCAAAAGGGAAAGGGUGCUUUUCUUGCCAG